AUGAGGAAGAGGACGCUCGUGUCCGUCUUGUUCCUAUUCUCCCUUCUCUUCCUUCUUCCAGAUCAAGGAAGAAAGCUUCACGCGAAUGCAGAAGAUAGUUCCGAUGAAGUUACAGAUCCACCGAAGGUGGAGGAGAAACUCGGUGGUCACGGCGGUUUAUCGACUGAUUCAGAUGUGGUUCAUAGAGAGUCUGAGUCGAUCUCGAAGAAGUCACUUCGCAGUAACGCGGAGAAGUUUGAGUUCCAAGCUGAGGUUUCGAGGCUUAUGGACAUUAUUAUCAACUCUCUCUACAGUAACAAGGAUAUUUUCCUUAGAGAGUUGAUCUCCAAUGCCUCUGAUGCUUUGGAUAAGAUUAGGUUCCUUGCACUCACUGAUAAAGAUGUUUUGGGUGAAGGUGAUACUGCUAAGCUUGAGAUCCAGAUUAAGUUAGACAAAGCCAAGAAGAUUCUUUCUAUUCGGGACCGUGGUAUUGGAAUGACUAAGGAGGACUUGAUCAAGAACCUUGGUACCAUUGCAAAAUCUGGAACUUCAGCUUUUGUUGAGAAAAUGCAAUCGAGCGGGGAUCUUAACCUUAUUGGACAAUUUGGAGUUGGAUUCUACUCUGCGUAUCUUGUUGCUGACUACAUUGAGGUCAUUAGCAAGCACAAUGAUGACAUCCAACAUGUGUGGGAAUCAAAGGCUGACGGUAAAUUUGCUGUUUCCGAGGAUACAUGGAAUGAGCCUCUUGGACGUGGAACUGAGAUUAGACUACAUCUUAGGGAUGAAGCUGGCGAGUACCUUGAGGAGAGUAAACUUAAGGAUUUGGUGAAGAGAUAUUCUGAAUUCAUUAACUUCCCUAUCCACCUCUGGGCCAGCAAAGAGGUUGAAACUGAGGUUCCAGCUGAGGAAGAUGAAGAGGAAACUGAAACCCCCUCUACCGAGGAAGAGAAGGAAGAAGAUGCUGAAGAUGAAGACAGUGAGAAAAAGCCGAAAACGAAAAAGGUGAAAGAAACAGUUUAUGAAUGGGAGCUUCUGAAUGAUGUUAAGGCUAUAUGGCUGAGAAGUCCGAAAGAGGUGACAGAGGAAGAGUACACUAAAUUCUACCACUCUCUCGCAAAGGAUUUCUCUGACGAGAAGCCAAUGGCUUGGAGUCACUUUAAUGCUGAAGGUGAUGUUGAAUUCAAGGCUGUGUUGUAUGUUCCUCCGAAAGCUCCCCAUGAUCUCUACGAGAGCUACUACAACAGCAACAAGGCCAAUUUGAAGCUCUAUGUCAGGAGGGUAUUCAUCUCAGAUGAAUUUGACGAGCUUCUGCCUAAAUAUUUGAGUUUCUUGAAGGGUCUUGUUGACUCUGACACAUUGCCUCUCAAUGUAUCACGAGAAAUGCUCCAACAACACAGCAGCUUAAAGACAAUAAAGAAGAAGCUUAUCCGAAAGGCUCUUGAUAUGAUCCGCAAGCUUGCUGAAGAAGACCCUGAUGAAGUCCAUGACGAUGACAAAAAAGAUGUGGAGAAGUCUGGUGAGAAUGACGAGAAGAAGGGUCAAUACACCAAGUUCUGGAACGAGUUUGGCAAGUCGAUUAAACUUGGCAUCAUUGAGGAUGCUUCUAACAGGAACCGCCUGGCGAAACUUCUCCGUUUUGAGACAACAAAGUCAGAUGGCAAGUUGACUUCCCUGGAUCAGUACAUCAAGAGAAUGAAGAAGGGUCAAAAGGACGUAUUCUACAUUACUGGAAGCAGCAAGGAGCAACUGGAGAAAUCUCCAUUCCUGGAGAGGCUCAUCAAAAAGGGCUAUGAGGUCAUCUUCUUCACAGACCCCGUUGAUGAAUACUUGAUGCAAUACCUAAUGGAUUACGAGGACAAGAAGUUCCAGAAUGUGUCAAAAGAAGGACUGAAGGUUGGGAAAGACUCAAAAGUGAAGGAGCUGAAAGAAGCAUUCAAGGAGCUAACCAAGUGGUGGAAAGAGAGUCUCGCCAGUGAGAACGUGGACGAUGUUAAAAUCAGUAACCGAUUGGCUGACACUCCCUGUGUCGUUGUAACUUCCAAGUUUGGAUGGAGUGCAAACAUGGAAAGGAUCAUGCAGUCCCAAACUCUCUCCGAUGCAAACAAGCAAGCUUACAUGCGUGGAAAGCGAGUCCUUGAGAUCAACCCACGACACCCAAUCAUCAAAGAACUCAAGGAAAGAGUUGCUAACGACCCAGAGGAUGAGAGUGUGAAAGAAACAGCACAGCUCAUGUACCAGACGGCUUUGAUCGAGAGUGGAUUCAUACUCAAUGACCCGAAAGACUUUGCAGGCCGUAUUUACAACUCAGUCAAGAGCAGCCUUAAGAUCAGCCCUGAUGCCGUAGCCGACGAGGAAGUCGAGGUAGAGGAGACAGAGACCAGUGAGGAGGCCACUGAGACAAAAUCAGAUGACUUGCCCGGUGGUGGUCUAAACAUUGAAGCUGAACCUGUUGAGGAAGAGACACCAACUAAGGACGAACUGUAGAUUUCACUUCUGAUGUUUUUCUUCUGUGUGUGUUUCUCUACUCUCUUAGUUUAAAAACGGAACAUCAUGUUUUACUCGUAUUUCUUUCCAAGAUUAGUUUUUACUAUAUGGUUUUUGAUGGGUUAUGUAAUAGCAGUACAACUUGGAUUCUAGAGAUAAGUGAACCAAAGCUUCCAUCUUUAUUUUAAUUAUAUAACCA